UGGGUGGGUUCAUUGCAAUAGUAAUUCUACUACGUGCUCUAAUGUGUGUUGCGGUGGGAAAACAAUAUGAACUAGAUAUUCUAGAAGUCGAAUGGAAUACAACCACACCAGAUCUGAUAGAUGCCAGUUUAAAGCCCGUACAACCAUCGCGAGGUGUCUAUGGUGUAAGCGGUUUUAUUGAAUUUAAGGAGGAUAUCGACAUGGACAACACUCUGGCCCAGGUUAAAGUAUACUACAGCAGCACUGGAAUGAACUACCAGUUAUCACCUUUUAGAGUACCGGAACAAACCUUUGCCACAGGCAUGAACACCCCGUACAAGCAGUACCUAAUGGAUGGUUUAGCUGAAUGUUGUGAAAAUGCCCCUUUUGCUGAUACAUUUGUAUCGCCACUUACGAAACGAGUAAUGACUUGUGAAAAUUGCCUUUUUCCAAGUGAAAAUUUUCCACCCACCUUACGUCUUGGUUAUUAUCGCUUGACAAUUCUUUUGUACAAUGACUUGGAUUUUAUUUUGUCGAUCUUAUUGAAAUUGGAUUUGGCUUAGUAACACAUGUUAUAUCAAUUAAAAGAAAUAUAAAAACAUAUUAGGGCUUUGCAAAACUACUUUUAAAACCCUUGUUUAUAUCUGAAAAAUUUAGUACUUUUUCCCAUAUCUCGGGAAAUUUUCAUAUAAUUUCGCAGUACAAUAGCCAAAAUGGAUUAUGGAAAAUAUAAAGAGGAUUUGAUAGUACUUGUUUAUAUAUAAAACUCUAAAAGAGUUAUUGGUUCUUAGACUAAACAUUGUUAAGACCCUUAUAUCAUUGGAUCCCCAUACAUUGAGAU